AUGGGGUUUGGUAGGGGGAUACAAGUGCCAAUAUGGGCCCUGUUGUUAACAGUCUGUUUUGCCCAGCAAGAAGCUUUUCAGGCUACAACUCCACCUGGAAAGGUGACCAUCAUCCAACCAAUGACAACAAACCCAGUGAUAACAACCUUAAACCCUGCUCACAAUGGGCGCGUGUGCAGCACAUGGGGCAACUUCCACUUCAAAACCUUUGAUGGGGACAUCUUUCAUUUCCCUGGGCUCUGCAACUAUAUUUUUGCAUCCCAGUGCAAUGCAGCUUAUGAGGAUUUUAAUAUCCAGAUCAGGCGCACUCUGAUCAGAAAUGUUCCUACUAUCAGCCAUAUCAUCAUGAAACUUGAGGGUGUGAUUACUGAAAUAACGAAGGAUUCUGUUCUCGUGGACAGCAAUAGGGUUCAGCUGCCCUAUAGCCACUCUGGAAUCCUGAUUGAGAAAAACAAUGUCUAUAUAAAAGUGAGCGCCAAAAUGGGCUUGCUUUUCAUGUGGAAUGAAGAUGACAGUAUCUUGCUGGAAGUGGCUGAGAAAUAUGCCAAUCAGACCUGUGGGCUGUGUGGGGACUUCAAUGGCAUUCCAAAAUACAAUGAGUUCUUUUCAAACGAUAUCCAGCUGUCUGCCCUACAGUUUGGGAAUAUGCAGAAGCUAGAUGGGCCAACAGAACAAUGUGAGGAUCCUACAAACACUGUGGACAACUGCACUAUUGAUUAUGAAAACAUGUGCCGGAAAACACUGACUGGACCUGCCUUUUCAAAGUGUAAUGAUCUACUUGCUGUUAACAAGUACAUUGAGUCUUGUGUACAAGACUUCUGUCGCUGUGACCAGUCCAACAAUGCCUUCUGCAUGUGUAAUACUUUUGCUGAAUAUUCCCGGCAGUGUGCCCAUGCUGGUGGGCAACCUCAGAACUGGAGAACUCCACAACUGUGCCCCAAGAACUGUACUUUCAAUAUGCACUACCAGGAAUGUGGUUCCCCCUGCAUGGACACCUGCAGUAACCCUGAAACAUCUACACUCUGUGAGGAGCACUGUAUAGAUGGCUGCUUCUGCCCUCCAGGAACUGUGUUUGAUGACAUUACCACUUCUGGCUGCAUUCCCCUUCAGCAGUGCUCCUGUACCUACAAUGGUAACACUUAUGCUCCAGGGACGUCUUAUUCAGGCCCAUGUCACAACUGUACCUGCACUGGAGGCAAAUGGAGCUGUGAAGACAUUCCAUGCCCUGGAACUUGUUCAGUCAUAGGAGGCUCACACAUCUCCACAUAUGAUGAAAAGCAUUACAAUGUCCAUGGAGACUGUACUUAUGUUCUCUCUAGGGACUGUGAAAAUGACACCUUCACCAUUUUGGGGGAACUUCGCAAAUGCGGCCUGACAGAUACCGAGACAUGCCUAAAGAUGAUAGCCCUCAUCACUAACAAAGAGCAAACAAUCAUUGUGAUUAAGCCUGAUGGUGGUGUAUUUUUAAACAGUUUCUAUACUCAGUUGCCCAUCUCAACAGCUGAUGUGACCAUCUUUAGACCUUCAUCCUUCUUUGUUAUCGUGCACACAAAUUUUGGUCUCCAGAUGGAGAUACAAGUCACGCCCUUCAUGCAAGUGUUUGUGCGACUCGAUCCAUCUUUGAAAGGACAGACCUGUGGUCUCUGUGGAAACUUCAACAAUGCCCAGCUUGAUGACUUCAAAAUAAUAAGUGGUGUAGUUGAAGGAACAGGAGCUGCAUUUGCUAACACCUGGAAAACAAAGCCUUCAUGCACUGACAUCAAAAAUAGCUUUGAAAACCCUUGCUCCCUCAGUGUAGAGAAUGAAAAGUAUGCUCUGCACUGGUGUGGAAUGCUGACCAACAGCACAGGACCUUUUGCUGCUUGCCAUGCUACUGUGAACCCCUCUUCUUACCACACGAAUUGCAUGUUUGACACUUGUAACUGUGAAAAAAGUGAGGACUGUAUGUGUGCCUCCCUCUCUGCCUAUGUGCGAGCUUGUGCAGCCAAAGGAGUCCUGCUGAGUGGAUGGAGGACUAACGUCUGUUCCAAAUACACAACAACGUGUCCCAAAUCCCUGAGUUACAGCUAUGUCAUCAAUUCCUGUCAACCCACUUGCCAGUCUCUAAGUGAGCCCGAUGCCACAUGCAACAUAAAGUUUGUUCCAGUUGAUGGCUGCACUUGUGUAAAUGACACUUACAUGGAUGAAAGUGGCAAAUGUGUGCCUGCUAGCAGAUGUCCCUGUUACUACAAAGGAUCUCUUGUGCCCUCUGGGGAAGUAGUUCAUGAAGAUGGUCAUGUAUGCACGUGUGCAAAAGGAGUGUUGAACUGCAUUGGAACCAAAAGCCCAGAGCCAGUCUGCACUUCUCCCAUGGUCUAUUUUGACUGCAAAAACAUCACUGCAGGAACCACUGGGGCUGUGUGUCAGAAAAGCUGUCAGACUCUUGAUAUGCACUGCUACAGCACACAAUGUGUAUCAGGCUGCAUGUGCCCUUCUGGGCUGGUGUCAGAUGGGAAAGGUGACUGCAUUACUCAGGAAGAAUGCCCAUGUGUUCACAAUGAAGCUAUGUACAAGCCAGGAGAACAGAUCAAAGUGGGCUGUAAUACCUGUGAAUGUAAGAAUAGGAUGUGGAGCUGCACCCAGCAUCAAUGCCUGGGUACUUGUGCUGUUUAUGGAGAUGGGCAUUACAUCACCUUUGAUGGCAAACGGUUCAGCUUCAAUGGAAAUUGUGAAUACACACUGGUCCAGGACCACUGCAGCAAUGAUGGCACAGCCAACGGAACAUUCCGAGUGAUCACUGAGAACAUCCCUUGCGGCACCACAGGAACAACCUGUUCAAAGUCUAUAAAAGUCUUCCUAGGGAAUUAUGAAUUGAUACUCAAUGAGGAGCACUUCCAGGCAGUAAAGAGGGGUGAUGGACAGGAAGUGCCAUACAAAGUCCACUACAUGGGAAUGUACUUAGUGAUUGAGACCGUCAAUGGACUGCACCUUAUGUGGGAUAAGAAAACCAGCAUCUUCAUCAAGCUCAGCCCUGAUUUCAAGGGUCAAGUCUGUGGCCUAUGUGGAAACUAUGAUGACAAUGACAUCAAUGACUUCACCACCAGGAGUCAGUCUGUAGUAGGAGCUGUGCUGGAGUUUGGAAACAGCUGGAAAAUAUCUUCUUCUUGUCCUGAUGCCAAAUGCGUAAAGAAUCCAUGCUCUACUAACCCUUACAGAAAAUCCUGGGCAGAGAAGCAGUGCAGCAUCAUCAACAGUGAUGUCUUUUUGGCCUGUCACCCUCAGGUUGAUGCAAAAAAAUACUAUGAAUCAUGUGUGACUGAUGCAUGUGCCUGUGACAGUGGAGGAGACUGUGAAUGUUUCUGUACCGCAGUAGCUGCCUAUGCUCAAGUAUGCAGUGAAUUUGGAGUCUGCGUGGCCUGGAGAACACCAUCAAUCUGUCCUAUGUUCUGUGAUUAUUACAACCCAAAGGGGGAAUGUGAAUGGCACUACAAGCCUUGUGGGGCUCCCUGCAUGAAGACCUGUAGGAAUCCAACUGGAAGAUGCCUUAAUCAGUUCUCAGGCUUAGAAGGGUGCUACCCAACCUGUUCACCAGACAAACCAUAUUUUAAUGAGCAUACGAUGAACUGUACUGAUACCUGUGGAUGUUAUGAUGAUCUAGGAAACUAUGUGGAACCAGGAAAGACCUACUCACAGGACAGUUGUCAGUUAUGUAAAUGCACACAGGAAGGCAAAAUAAACUGCGUGUACGAGAAAACAGCAUGUUACUGCAUUUAUGAAGGGAAAAAAUAUGAGUAUCAAGAGGUCAUUUACAACACCACAGAUGGAACUGGAGGCUGCUUUAGUGCAGUUUGUGAUGUGAAUGGAACAAUAACCAGACAUAUAUAUAUAUGUAAUACUCCUACAACCACACCUCCAUUUGAAUUCAGUACACCUACAACUAUUGUUACAGGAACAACAGCUAUAGCAACUGCUACAACAGUAUGUGUCCACAGAGUAUGUGAAUGGUCAGAAUGGUAUGAUACCAGCCAUCCAACAUCUGGUUCCAGUAACGGAGAUUAUGAAACUAUUGCAAAUCUAAUAAAUGCAGGACACAAGAUAUGCAAAACACCAAAUGACAUUGAAUGCAGAGCAGCACCAUUUCCAAACACGUCGUUACAAGACCUGAACCAAAAAGUAGAAUGUAGCAAAACCCAAGGACUGAUAUGUAAUAACGAGGACCAACAUGAACACAUCUGCUACAAUUAUGAAAUAAGAAUACAGUGCUGUACCUACAUACCAUGCAACCCUUUGAAACCCACCCCAGCAGGGACAACUAUGGGAUAUUCAACCUUAACAGUUACAUCUAUUGAGUCAACAGAAGUUUCAAAACCAACACAGACAAUAGGGACAGAAGUAAACCCUAAAACGACUGAAAGUCAACCUACAUUCUCAUACAACACCACAGCAGUAGUCACCUCAGGUGCUUCUCCUACCACAACCUCCUGCGAGCCAACCUGUGCCUGGACACCCUGGAUUGAUAUAGACUUCCCAACUUCUGGACCCGAGGGAGGAGACAUGGAAACCCUCUCCAAUAUCCACGCUGCUGGAAAGCCAAUCUGCCAAAAGCCGGAGAAAAUUCAAUGCAGGGCACAAAACUACCCAGACCUAAGCCUGGCUCAACUGGCUCAGAACGUGCACUGCAGCCUGGACUCUGGGCUGGUGUGCAGAAACAGCGAGCAAACAGGGAAAUUUAAGAUGUGUUUCAACUAUGAAGUUCAAUUCUGGUGCUGUCACGCCAACCCCAACUGCAUUACUACACUGCAAACAACCACCUCCCUUGCUACCCCCACCCCAAAGCCGGGCACCACCACUGGACGCACGAGCACGUCUCCACCCUCAUUAGCGCCUUCCACCCAUCCUCCAGCCAGCACCUCAACCACUGAAGGCACCACGCUCAUUAUCACAAGCCCCAUGGUGGAAGUUGUAGAGCCCACCAAGACCACUCUCGUCCCCACUACAGCCAGGCCCACAAGCACAGCUGCUGUCACACCUACUACACCACCAGGGACCACGCCCGAGAUAACCCCCACCACCUCAGCAGCCUCCACCACCUCCACUCUUCCAACCCGGGGACCCACUACUGCAGCAAGUACUACACGUGGUUUCACCACCUCCGAAACACCCACAACAACACAGAGCACCCCUUCUCCAGUGCCUGUAACCCCCACCACAACAGCAGUCACCUCAGCUGCUUCUCCUACCCCAGCCUCCUGCGAGCCAACCUGUGCCUGGACACCCUGGAUUGAUAUAGACUUCCCAACUUCUGGACCCGAGGGAGGAGACAUGGAAACCCUCUCCAAUAUCCACGCUGCUGGAAAGCCAAUCUGCCACAAGCCGGAGAAAAUUCAUUGCAGGGCACAAAACUACCCAGACCUAAGCCUGGCUCAACUGGCUCAGAACGUGCACUGCAGCCUGGACUCUGGGCUGGUGUGCAGAAACAGCGAGCAAACAGGGAAAUUUAAGAUGUGUUUCAACUACGAAGUUCAAUUCUGGUGCUGUCACACCAACCCCAACUGCAUAACCACACUGAAAACUACCACUUCCCUUGCUACCACAACCUCCACACCGGCCAUAACAACAUCAAUAGUAUUCCCCACUACUACGCUGGCUACAAGCCGAGGAAAGCCCUCAAUCAGCAUUAUUACUAAGAAACCUGCAACCCACGCCCCUCAGGUAGUAGGUUCCACAGUUUCUACCUUAUCUACUUUAGUAUCUACAACCACUGAAGGUGCCUCAAUAUUUUCCACCAGCACUCAAAAUCAAACUACAGGGGGAAUAUUCAGAACUGAAGAAACUGAGUCUUCCACUGCAAGCAGAACAACUGCGUGUUUCUGCCAUGUAUUUGAGCAUUUGUUUUCUCCUGGGCAAGUUGUAUACAACAGAACAGAUCAUUCUGGUUGUUAUUUUUAUGCACUUUGCAAUGACAAAUGUGAAAUUGACCGAUUCCAGGGGCCAUGUCCCACAACAAUUCCUUCCAUUUCAUCAACCACAUCACCUACAACCUCAGGUCUAUCAAGUCCAGGAUCUGUUUCUUCUACAAUCUCACCAUCUCUAGAAACAUCUAAACCACCACCAGAAGGCUGUCCUAGUUUGGAUCCUCCAAGGAAGAUAAACGAAACCUGGAUGUCUGAUAAGUGCACUAAGGCAACGUGUGUGGGAAACAACACAGUUGUUCUGGAGCUUCCUCCACCUGUACAGGUUAUCACCUGUGUAAAUGGACGUGAACCAGUAAAAGUCUAUGAGCCAGAUGGCUGUACCUACCAUUAUGAGUGUGAAUGUGUUUGUAACGGCUGGAGCAAUUCUGACUACAAGACUUUUGAUGGAGUUAAAUACACAUUCAAUGGACUCUGCAGAUAUGUGCUGGUGAAAGAGAUUGUGCCAAAAUACAAUUUCAGUGUUCUUACUGACAAUUACAACUGUGAUGUGGUUGGUGGACUCUCCUGCCCUAAAUCUAUCAUUGUGAAUUACAACUCCAUGGAAAUAGUGCUAAGCAGUCAGACACGUGAAGGAAACGUAACUAACAAGAUCAUUUUCAACAAAGAGCCAAUCAAUGAAGGUGUCAGCAAGGAUGGUGUUUCCGUUACCAGGGUUGGUAAGGAUUUGACUGUUGAAAUUCCUGCCAUCAAUGCUUACAUCUCCUUGAAUGGAUUAAUCUUCACAGUGAAAGUGCCAUUUGGUCUGUUUGCACAUAACACUGAGGGCCAGUGUGGCACGUGCUCAAAUAUAAAAUCAGACGAAUGCCGCACGCAAGGCGGUCAGGAAGUUUCCUCAUGUUCGGAAAUGGCUUACACGUGGAAGGUUGAGAAUGGAAACAAUCCCUAUUGUCACGAGACUACAACAUCAUCGCCUCCUCUGAUCUCACCAACUACACCAGUACCCUGCACUUCUUCUUCGCCUCUCUGUGAGCUGAUCUUGAGCGAUAUCUUUGCAGAGUGCCAUAAGAUUCUUCCUCCAAGGAAGUUCUAUAUAGAAUGUCUCUCUGAGUCAUGUAAGAACACCAAUGACAGCCUCCCAUGCAUCAUCUUGGACAAAUAUUCUUCCCUUUGCAUUGCUAAUGGUAUCUGUGCUGACUGGAGAAGCAAGACUCAAGGAAAAUGCUCAUACAGCUGUCCUGCAGACAAGGUGUAUAAGGCAUGUGGUCCUCAUAAGCCAGUCACCUGUAACGAAAGAAUUGGUGACCAGACAAUUGAAGGUUUUGUUGAAGGAUGCUUCUGCCCAGAGGGUAGCAUCCUUUUUAAUUCAUUUGCUGAUGUCUGUGUGUCAGAAUGCGGUUGUGUUGGACCAGAUGGACUGCCCAGAGAGCCUGGAUCCAAAUGGAAGAGCAAUUGCCAGGAGUGUGUCUGUGACGAAAAGUCUAUGACUGUACAGUGUAAGCCACUUUUAUGUCAGACGCCUGUGCCAGCCACUUGUAAUAAACCAGGAUUCGUCCCUAUGCCCGUGUUAACACCAGAUGACCCAUGCUGCCCUGAAAUUAUAUGCAGAUGUGAUAUUACCUUGUGCCCCAAGGCCGAGAAUAGUUGUGAACAAGGUUAUUAUCUAGCCUCAGUUGUUUUUGCUGGCAACUGUUGUGUGACAUAUGAGUGUGUACUUCCCCCCAACACCUGUAGAGUUAAUGGAACUUCUUAUCAGACUGGAAUGCUUGUCCCAAGUGAUCCAUGUAAGAAUUGUACCUGCAGUACUAAGGUAGAUCCAGUCUCCAAGCAAAAUAUUGUGGAGUGUGAACCAGUGAAAUGUCAUACAUCUUGCCCCCCGGGUUAUGAGUAUAAAACAAAACAUGGAAAGUGUUGUGGGGAAUGUGUGCAGGUGGCUUGCUUAAUCUCUUUGGAUAACAGCACUAGCCAGGUGCUCAAGCCUGGUGAUACCUGGACAUCCCAAAAUAAUAAAUGCAUCUAUUAUGAAUGUGAUAAAAUUGAAGAUCAACUUAUUACAGUGGAAGUUAGGACACCAUGCCCUGUCUUUAACCCUGAUGAGUGUAAACCUGAAGAUGUCCAGCUGACUUCCGAUGGCUGCUGCAGAAUAUGUAAAUCGGACAGAUGCAAGGUUCACAAGAAACCAACUGUGAUCUACCAAGAUGAAUGCAAAUCUUCCGAAUCUAUCGAACUGACAUACUGCGAAGGGUUUUGUGGCAGCUCCUCCAAGUAUUCCUUGGAAGCAAAUCAGAUGCAACACCAAUGUACCUGCUGCCAGGAGCUCAAGAGCCACAGGAGACAAGUGACCCUGACCUGUCACAAUGGUACAAGAAGCAAUUAUGACUAUAUAUAUGUGGAACAGUGCCAAUGCAUAACUGCGUGCAUCCCAUCAGAGUCUGAAGACAGGACCAAACAGCUCCAAAGCAGUCAGAUUCAUUAGCCAUAUCAAUGAAAUAACCUAUGCUCCUGCUUAAAACUGUGUUUCUUUCUUAUUUUAGCUCUCACUAUCACCAUGUUUCAUUUUUUAAAAAUGUGAGACUAUUCAGGAGCCAAAUAAAUUGUCUUGUCAUGUAUUUUGAUUUGUGAACAAUACUGUUUUUGAAGAGAAACAAUGCACAAAAUUACAACUUGGAUUAAGAGAGGUUGGGUCUUGAUUUAAGAUGGGAAAAAAACCCUUUCCUUUACCAUUUCCGCUCUGAGGUUUGAAGGUUAGAGCAGUAACAUAUUUCCAUCUUCUUCACCUCAUGUUUGUGAGUGUUCGCUCUCACUGGUGAGUCAGCCACCACUGUGUGUGUGUGUGUGUGUGUGUGUGUGUGUGUGUGUGUGUGUGUGAAAAACCUGAAGGCCCUCUACAGAGCAUCCUUUUUUAACAGUCUGGAGAUCUGCAGUUAUUUACAAAAUUGUUUACAUAUUAAUGUUUUGGCAAAGAAAAAGGACAGCUCUUGGGGAAAAAAAUAUUAUGAUAAUUAUCUUAUACAAAGAAAACCAAAUUUUGUGGUUAUAUUUCACUGUCUUUUCCUAUUUAUUUGUAACCAGAGAGAUAAUUUCAUUGGGUAUCCUUCUCUGUGGAGUUUAUGUUCUUUAGUGUCAGCAGGCAUCUGGUAGUGGCAAGGAGGAGACUGCUACCUUCUGCAUUUUGUCUCUUAUUUGAUUAAUAAAACU